AUGUCAUCAUCAAAAUCAUCGCAACAAUUAUUGAUUAGCCAGUUGUACUUGUACCUAAAGAGUAAUGGGCUCGAUGAAUCGGCCCAAUCGUUGCUUAAUGAGACUAAACUGGCCCAUCUUACUCAGCGACAGCAAAAUGAGUUACUGACAGAUGAUGAGUUCUUGCAUGAAUGGUGGAAUAUGUUGUGGAGUUUACAAAGUUCGAUCAACCCACAAUUGAAUCAGGUACUUAAUACUUAUAAUAUACCGUCCCCGCAACAACAACUUCUUUUACAACAGAGAAUGAUUCAAAGACAACAACAACAUCAACAACAUCAACAACAUCAACAACAUCAACAUCAACAACAUCAACAUCAACAACAGCAGGCACAGCAGCAACAGCAUCAGCAGGCACAGCAGCAACAACAGAAUUUGGCUUUUCAGAGGGCCCAGCAACAGAUACAAAAUACGCCACAAAUGUUUUUACCUCAACAACCUCAACCUCAGCCUCCACUUCCGCCACAACAAAAUCCAUCUGUUCCAGCUACACCCCAAACAGGAAAACAUCUAGGCCCACAUAUUGGCAAUACACGUCCACAAAGUCAGCAACAAGAUCUGAAUCAGAGUGUACCACAACGCCAAAGAUCGCAACAAAAUGGUCCACUGCAACAGCAACAACGUAAAAGGUCAAUCGCUAAAGGCAAAACCCAAAACGAUAAUUCUGGUGAACAGGGUCCUUCUCCUUCUCAAAAGUCUCCAACAAAUUCAAACUUGUCCAAAACUAACUCCUACACUCAACCUAAUAACGUAAUUCCACCAAAUAUAAAUCAAGUACAACAACAAGCAAGGCUACAGCAAUUGAAAUUACAAUUUCAGCAACAAGCAUUAAUGCAACAGCAGGUCCAACAGCAAGCACAACUACGAGGAAUAAAUGUUUCCCAAAAUCAAAAUAAACAGCAAAUUAAUACGAAUGGCGCACAACAAUUCCCUACUCAACAAGCACCAAGACCAAUAACACAACAAAAUGCAAAAGACAAUAAAGCCCCAGGUUCAGCCCAAAAUGUUAAUCGAACACAAGAGCCAUCUCAACAAAACCAAGAACAGCCCCAGGCGCCUAAUCAAGCGAACAAUUCAUUUGGUGCCCAAAUGACUACAGGUAGUCAGAAUCAAGGACCUGGUCAAUCCAAUACAAAUCCAAAGAAUCAACCAUCUGUUUCCAAGAGAAAUAUUCAAUCACUUGAUGCGUAUCAAAUGACAUUGUUACAGAUGGAAAAUCAAAAUAAUUUACAAAGACAGAGGUUCUUGCAACAACAACAACAACAACAACAACAAUUGCAGCAUGCAAUAGGCUUCAAUCCACAAACGCAAACGGUACCCAUAGGGGAUGACAAUAACCAGUUGGAUGCCUUAUUUUCAUUAGAUAAGACUCUGAAUUUCUCCACAGGUGCGCCAACAAACCUACAACAACAACAACAGCUUACACAAACAGUUGGGGAUUUUAGACCCGACAACCAACCAAGGCAGCAGAAAAUGUCACAAGAUCAGUUCCCUGCACAAUUAUCAGCGGGUGACAAUGUUAUUGAUGAUUCCUUUUUCUCAUCAAAUAUUUUACUUGACGAGUUCAAACCGUCAGAUAUUGACGUUGAUCAAGUAUUUAAUGACCAGGAUAUUAGUAAUAAUAACGCUAAUAAUGGUGGUGGUAUGAUAGAUAUUGAUUCGAAAUUGGAUGAUAUUGGGGAAACAUUACGAAAAGAUUGGUUAAGUUCGAUGGGUUCAGGUCCAGGAUUCGACUGA